UCCUGAGUAGAGCUGCAGCCAUUGAGAACCAACUUAAUGCAUUGGAGGCCACAAUCUCUGCUAACACACAGUUGACAUCUAUAUCUCAACUCUCUGAUGUGAGAUCAGUGGAUGCUGACUUCCUGGUGGACUGUCGCUCAGUUGUUGUCAUUUCCCUUUACACAUCAGAACCUACCUCUCUUGAAAGCAGCCUUGCUCCAAUUACAUCAGUAAAAGGUGGCUUGCUUCCAUGCGCCAGAGCAGAGGACCACAGCAACAAGGUCAGCGAAGGCUCAGAUGCACCUUUCUUGGGUCCAAAUUCUGGUUCACCAUCUGCCCUUCAGCUGAACCGUGCUGAUAUUGUGAGCUCCAAGCUUGGAUCUGCAGGUCUUCCUCCAGUGGGGCUGAUUAGCCAUCAGAACCCUGAUUUGCAUUGCACUGAGAGUGAGUCUGCCACCCCUCACAGCCACGUACCGGAACCUUCUCUCAGCCCAGCCUGUGAGCAGCUCACAUCACAUCACACACAGGAGAAUGUAGUGGGGUCAGAUCAGUCAGCAAGCAAUGACAGCUUCCUAUCAAAGUCAAAUGGAAAUGGGAGCACCUUAGCUGCAAACAAGGAAACUUGUAGGAGCCGAAGUCCAAAUAAAGAGGAAGUCAGGCAUCCAGAACCUGAGAAACAAAACAGUAGAAUACAAACAGAACAUCUUGCAAGGAGCCAAAGUUGGAAUUUAGAUUAUAAAGGAAGGACUGAGGCCUUGAAACUUUUGAACCAAGGACGGUCAUCCACGACAGAAAACGGUUGGGAUAACCAAGCAUCCGAUACAUCAGGGGGAAGCCAAGUCGAAUCGGAGGAUACUGGGAAGUGUCAAGAGUCAGAUUGCAGAGGGGGGAGUCAAGAGGAAUCUGAGCACAGUAGAAAGAGUCAAACAGGGACUGGGAACAGUGAGACUCCAGACGAACUAAAAACAAGUGACUCAGAUACAUCAAAGAGUCCAAGUGUCCAAGCCUCUGAUCUUUUCCACACUCCAAGGGACCAAAAGGACAUCACUGAUGCAUGUUGGUCCAUACACUCACAGGGUGAACAAACUUCACUAAAAAGAGCUCAUAGUGUCGCGACUGAGUCUGACACCCCUUUUAUCUUCCCUCACACACGCUCUCGACCCCCUCUUACACCUGCCAUGCCCACGCUACCUGAGGAAGAGGAGGACUCUCCAGAAGAGCUCGACAGUACAUCCAGCUCACCCUCCACUUAUGCACCAGUUGAAAGCAAGGUGGUAACUGUAACCAUGACUCCACCAGCCAUUGUACUUCCAAGACAAGCCAGCAAGCAGGAGCCCUUUCCUCUAGAGAAAGCAAGAUCACAUAGCCCAAGACCUCGCCUCUCCCGAAACUCUGCAUCCUCGAGUCCGAUCACCACAGUGGAUGAUGAGGGACGGGUGAUCGAUCUGGUCAAGGAUCCGCUUCCUGAGUUGCAGUUAUCUGAAGAAGAACGUCAGAAGAAUCUAGAGCUGCUAGAGGAGGCCAAGAAAGCCAGCGAUCGCUUUCUGCAACGCAGGGGCAGACGAUCCACCUCUAGCCUUACUGAGUCCCCUACAGCACUCUCACCGAACCCAACGCCAUGCUCCUCCCCAAGACCAUCCAUAAGCAGUUCCUUCUCUGUGCUCUCGCCACUAGGUCCUGAGGUCAGCACAACGCCUCCUGCAAGUCCCCAAAUCCCCCACACAACUCAGCGUUUGGAGUUGCCUUCAACCCAUGACCAUGGGGACACAAGUCAAACAGAGCUGGAGAGCUUUACGAGGCUCGUAGAGUGGAAGCCCAGUGACAAGCGAAAGGUGUCUUCUGGCACGUUAAGCCCGCGAUAUGCCACCGCUGUACCAGCCAGAGUGCCCGCUGUGGUUCAGAAGGAGAACCCAGUCCAUCAGGGAAAGAACUCUGAACAUGCAGCCCAGAAAAAAGAGGAGACUCCUGGCCGUGGCAUCAAUCAAUCGCUAGCCACAGGGGUAGCCAAACCCGUCCCCCGGCUGCCCACUCAGCAAGCCCCAUGUACGGCUGAAAUCAAAACCAUAGGAGCCUUCCCACCUCUGAUGAGAGCCAUCUCCUGGGACACAGUGGGCUCAAUGAACAUGCGCAAUGCAGCUCCCAAAGGAGAAGAGAGUCCCUCUUCCUCUGAAACAUCAAGGGAGUCGCUAUUUAAGUCCCCCGGGUACAAAGACUUUCCUGUGCUACCCGGGAACAUUCCAAAACUCUCCAAACAGCAUGAGGAACACAAACUGAUACGCAUCCAGAGUAUCUCAAGUUCAAAGCUUCCUAACCUGAGUGAAACAGUUGAGCAGGAGCGAGGUCCACCCUCUCUGCUCACAAGUUCUCCCAGUGUAGAAGAGAUGAGAGAAAAACCUGACACGAUGCCCAACAUUUCAGACAUCAUGCUUCACAAACUGAAACUGCACAGAGGUUUACCUGGCUGCGCUCCUCCGCUCUCAGAGAAGGAAGUUGAGAACACAUUUGUGCAGCUGUCACUGGCAUUCCGCAAUGACAAUUACACAUUGGAGUUGCGGCUGAAACAGGCAGAAAGAGAGCGCAACCUGACUGAGGAAAACAUGGAGAAGGAACUGGAAGAAUUUAAAUGCUCUCUGAAGAACACUCCAUCACUGUGGCAGAAUGUUGAGCAGAGGGAGUCUUACCAGCAACUCAUAGAGACAAUCCCUGUCCUGCAUCGCCUGACCAACCGCCUCUCCAGCAGGGCUGAGAUGGUGGGAGCUGUCCGGCAGGAGAAGAGGAUGAGCAAGGCCACUGAGGUGAUGAUGCAGUAUGUUGAGAAUCUGAAGAGGACGUAUGAGAAGGACCAUGCUGAGCUGAUGGAGUUCAAGAAGCUUGCCAACCAAAACUCCAGCCGCUGCUAUGGGGGCUCAGUCGACACUGGGGAUGAUGGCGUGCCACGUGCAUCAAGAUCCAUGUCUCUGCAAAUGGGAAAGGCCUUGCCCAGACGAAGAGUCAGUGUGGCUGUUGUUCCUAAGUUUAAUCUAUUGAACAUCCCCGGGCAAACUCCAGCCACCGCUGGCCCUAACAUGGCCGGUGCACUUCCUGUGGUGUGCGAGGCAGGCACUAUUAAGAAUGGCAGUACCACAGACCCCUCUCAACAAGACGUGCUUGAGAAACCCAGUGGAAACCCUCUGACGGAGCAGGAAAGUGAAUCCACGCCAACCAAAGUUCUCUGCAGUCCAGAGAAGAUCAGUGAAGAGAUCCGAGCCAAGAUUGAAGAAGAAGCGUUUAACAGAGGGUACCAAGAAGGACUUAAAAGGAGUAAAGAACUUCAGGAACUUAAGGAGGAGGAAGAGAAAGCAGAAGAGAAGCAAAAGGAGUUUGAGGAGGAAAAAAGAGGAAAUGCAAAAAAAGAAAGGAAGGCUAAUAGCAGGUAUGAGGAGGCACUGGAAAUCCUUGAUCGGAUACUCCCAAAGUUCUUCAGACGAAACCGGAUGCUUUGGAUCGUGCUCACAUUAUUCUUUGUUUCAUUCGUGUUUGUCAAUGCCAUAAACUUCUUUAGUAACCGCUAUAGUGACAGUGGCGACACAUCUGCAGAGAAGUCUGCCGUUGCAGGCAAGAAUACAUUUUUUGAACUGAAUGUAGGAUCCAAGACCCCAGCCCCCGAAUGACAUGAUUCAAUCCCAUUGUCACGGAGAGACGAAUCAAGGUAACUGAACAAACACCUUGGUUUGGCUGUGAUGGUGUCCAUUUCCUUUCAUCAAUCACAAUGUUGUUUUUGUGAGUCUUUCACUCUGUAUUUAGCAAAUAGCAGAAUUAUUUGUCAAUGUUUGGGGACCAAGUGUACUUAGACGAUUUGCAUUGUAAACUAAAUUGAUAACAAGUUAUACUAUUUUAGGAAGAGUUGGGAUUUUGUUAUUGGAUAAAAGCAUUUAGGAGACUAAUGUCACAUUUGAUAGAUUAUACCACUCAGACCUUCUUAUUAAACUUCUCAGGUUUUGUGAAAUAUAUAUUUGAAAUAUUAGGUACAAUAUUUAAAAUGGUUUGGUAAAGGAUGUUUUAAAGUUUCUGCAAUUGUCUGUGUUGUUUAUUUGAAUUUACAUUCCAAGGUAGAUCUUGAAGUGCAAUAUUUUGCAGUUGUUAGUUAACUGUGGUGUGUUUGGGUGUGCUUUAGAGCACUGACUUUAAUAGUACAGAAUUUGUCACAAGUUUAAAGAGCACUUUUAACCAGUAUGACUGAAGUCUUAUUUGCACAUGUGGGCUUUGGUUAUUGUUCUGCCACUUCACCUUUGAAUAAAGGUGUUCAAAAUCAAAUGUGGUUAUUUCCAGAGUACAUGUGGUAUGUACUGUUCACAAUUUUCACAGUAAAUUAGAUAAUCUUACAAAGUAAUGUCAUUUCAUAUUUCACCCCAAGAUCAAUUUAAAUCUAAAGCCUAUUUUUAAGAUCAUUAAAGGAAUAUUGUGGGUUCAAUAUAAGUUUUUAUACUGGGUUCAGGAUAAGAAUUUGUGGCAAAAGUUUGAUUACCACAAAAAGGAAUUAGGACUUGCUUCACUGCCUCACUGUUGCCUCACCGUUACCUUCUUCUUCAUUAAGAAAAGGAGGGACAUUUUUGUGGUUGUUGAAGGCUAGUCAAAGCGAAGAUUCAUGCAAGCUUUUAUUGAGAUUUAUGGAAAUGCAUACAGCACAGCCUGGUCUAUGCAAGAGACAAUUUAAUGAUUUUGAACACUGGCUUUUUACCCAUGAGACACCUGGAGAUGAGAAGCAAAUCUAAUUGAGAUAACAGUUUCAUUUUGCCACAGAACAUUUCAUUAGACUCCCUACACACAAACAACCCACAUACAUAGAGAUAACAACAAAAACAGAAAUAGCAGUUGGGUCUUUGUAUUUUGUGGGAAAUAGACAGAAGAACAAGAACAUUAAUCAUUCAAAUACAGCCUUGGGACUAAAGAACACAACCAUUGUUCCAUAAGCUUCUAUCAGUUCCUUGCUUCCCCUCCACCUGCCCAGAGUCUGGGACACUGGUGGCCAUCUGAGGGAAAAGUGAAACAGAGGACUAACAGAAAUGCUGAUUGUUGUAGACUGUCCCAUAACAGUGGUAAUCAACAUUGUUCCACAAAUUGAACCUGGAAUAUUCCUUUAAGAUUUUCUUUACAUUGUGACAUUAUUUUCAUGACAUUUUAUCACAUUUUCCAUCAAAUUCUCAUUACUGUAAUGCCGAAAACUCUCAUUACUUUAAUAAAAAGU